GCAUGAAAUUUUGCGCAAGUGCAUUGCGCAGGGAGGGGAAGGGGCGAGUGAGAGAGAAAGUUUGUGUGUGUGAAAGAGAGAGGCCUCGGUGGGUAAUUUAAAUAUAAAGUUUUAUUAAAAAUUAAAUUUUAUAUUCCACGACUGUUUGUCAUUGAGACACCAGAUGUCAGUUAUGAACUGUCAUAAUUUGGCUUAAUAAUCCUCUGAUGGACGAAUUUAUGAAAAAAAUUACCGUGAUUAUGCCCAGAUAUUUGAAACUAUCGAAAAUAGUGAGAUCUUUUGACUAUUCAAGAUAUUUCAUUCGCGGAUCUAAAAGUUCAUCGAAACAGAGUCUAUCUCCAAUGUCAAUCGCGAGAAUGAGGGCCAGUGAGGUUUUCGAGGUCGUACCCAAGCCCGUGUCUUUGACAGGUCAAUGGAUGAAGGAAAAAAUUGUUCGUCAGAUUCGUAGGAGUGAAAAUGGACGCCUUACUUGGAGUUUCUGGCUUAUUGUUCUUGCUCUGAUACGCGUUACGUUAAUCACAUGGGUAGCCUUGCUAUUACUUAUUUUAUACUGUAGCAGUCCAAAGGCUUAUUCUGCAGUAUUAGUUCAAGUCAUGGAAUUCCUUGGAUCCACAUUCAUUAAACUGGGACAAUGGGCAUCGACUCGGAGGGAUUUAUUUUCUGAAGAUUUUUGUGAUACUCUUGCACAUCUCCAGCGCAAGAGCAGUAACCAUUCGUGGAUGUACACUGAAUUUUUAAUGUCCGCAACGUUCGGCCCCCAGUGGGAGAAAUUGUUCAGACGAAUUGACAGAGAACCGAUUGGUUCAGGAUGUUGUGCCCAGGUUCACAAAGCAUGGGUCGAUCAAAAUAAAUUAAAACUCUAUAAGGCCAAUGAUGAUUUCCACACACCCGUGUAUUUACACGUUCUAGAACAUUUGCGCAUCGGGUUCAUCCUGGAUUUCAUUAGCUCAGGGUAUUCAAGGAGAAGAGUUAUUUCUGAAAAAUCAAAGGAUAAUGAACUGAUGCCUGUCGUUGUCAAAGUAAUGCAUCCCGGUGUGGAGAACUAUAUAGUAACGGACUUAUUUAUGAUUGAAUUUCUUUCUAUUUUAACAUCUCUCUUGGUGCCGUCUCUACGCUGGCUGGAUCUUCCCGGCUGCGUUAGAGAAUUUUCGAUAAUGAUGUUGAAUCAGCUGGAUAUGAAAAUCGAAGCACGCAAUCUUCACCGAUUUUUAUCGAAUUUCUCAAGGACGCAUACGGUUAUUUUUCCCACUCCUCUGAAAAAUCUAACGACCCGUAAGAUUCUCGUUGAGAGUUACCACGAGGGAAACCACAUUUCAGAGUAUUUUAAAUUGUCGGAUCAUGACGAUUUGAAGAAACAGGUGUUCAACAUUGUCAUCCCUUUAGUUAUAAAAAUGGUAUUCAAGGAUAAUUUUUUUCACUGUGAUCUCCAUCCUGGAAAUAUCCUAGUACAGGAAGAGGAUAUCCCGCGAUGUAGAAAAAAUAAAACUCAACUCUAUCAGCGAAUUUUUUCAUUUUACGGCAAUAAAAGCCCGCGUAUUGUAAUCUUAGAUUGUGGCUUGGUCUCAUCUCUCAAUGACAGAUGCUUGCAGAAUCUCCGUCAUGUCUUUCAUGCGAUUAUCACAGGCAAGGUCAACCUAAUUGCAGUUAUGAAAGAAUUUUACACAGCCUUGAUUGAUUACAAGGUUCAACAAGACAGUGCCUUCGUAAACGUCAUGCUCACUGUUCUGUUGAUCGAAAAUCUUGGACGAAAUUUAGAUCCAACCAACGAUGUACUGCAAGAGCUCAUAACAUUCCUCCAUUGAGGACGGAAAAAAAUACUGGAAUUUGCAAUAAGACUCCUUUGACAAUUCAAACCGCAGCCCUUCAAAAAUUCACUUCCUGGUUAAAGGGAGAACAAGAAGCACUUCCCUUUGGACGUCAGAGUUCGUGGUUUACGUGUAGCCUCUCCAUUUUC